AUGCGGAACAGAAGGGAAUUGAGAAAAUUGGCUAGGAUACAAAAAAAGGAAAGGAAGCUCCUGUUUUCCAAAAAGAAAAAAAAUUAUCAGGGAAAAAAUGUUUCCACAAUCAAUACGCCCGAUGAAUCGCUGGAGGAAGGAUCAACAAAACAGGACGAAGGAAAUAUGAAGAGAAAAAGAAAGUACAGCGAAGGCAACAAUUUAAGCGGCCCACUCAAAAAACAAAAAAAAAAAUCCCAUAGCAAAAUUAAGUAUGAUAUAUCUGCUGAGCAAGAAAAGGAUAAUCAACUAUUAUCGUACCUGUCGAAGAAGUUAAAGCUUAACAACACGCACGAUGGGAAAAAUAACGAGGAAAAAGUUUGUAAACAAUUGGAGAAGGAUGGGUUUGACUCCAAUUUGCUAAAAUUGACCGAUAUAAUAUUUGGCGAAUUUCAGAAAAGUUAUAAAAAAAAAUGUAAAAAGGGUAAAAAUGCCCUGCGGGGGGAUGAUGACACCCUGGGGAGGUCCUCUGAGGAAGAGGAGGUUCUAAGCGAAGGUCAAGAUGAUGCAACAAGCGAGAAAGACACGGACAAAAAAGAGAAGAAAAAGGAGAGGAGGAAGAAGAAAAAGAAGAGUCACACAGGGGUAAUGGAAAACGAAGCGGACGAAGAUGCAGAAGAGGCGGAGGGGAUGCUUUCCCCCAGGGGAAAGGCGAACAAAGGGAAAAAAGCCGCUAAAGCGGAAAAAAAGAAAAAGAAAAAGGCACCCAACUAUCCAGAAGAAGCUAAAAAGAUAGAGAAAUUUCUCAUGAUUUCUCUAAACAAAACGUCGGAGUUUAAUAUAAAAAGCAUUAUUCAAGAUCUGUGCAAAUAUUUUCACGAGCUGGAGGACGUGAAACUUAAAGUUAUGUUUAAUGACGCCCUCACCAAAAUAGCAUGCAACCAUUUUAACAACGUAAAUGCUACGGAUAUUCAUAUAUGCAUAUGCGUGGUGAUAAUUUGUGUGCUGAACAAUUUGGUAUACCGGAAUUUGCUGAAAGAUUUUUUAAAAGUCCUGACUGGGGUUUUUAAACAACUCUAUGAGGACAAUCGCGAUUUGAUGAGAAAAAUAGAAAGAGAGAAUGAGCUAAGCAGUGUCGUGGCCCCUAACCAUGACAACCUCCAAAAUGGGAACGAGAAUGGUGGUCCAAACGGACAAAAUGAGCCGCUAACUCGUUCAAGUGAAGCAAAUCAAUGUGAUAUCCCCACCGAGGGAUAUACAAAUAACGCUAAACAGAGUAGCUCGCAAAAUAAUUUUAUAGUUACCCAAGAGGAACAGGAGAAAUACCAAAAUUUUAAAAUCAUUUUGAGAAACAUACUGAAGAGUUUUUGCCUGUUUUAUGCCCUCAGUUACCUCGAUUUCGACUGCAUAACUGAUAUCAUUAACUUGCUGUGUGAAGACAUAAGCAUUAGCAGCGUGGAUAACAUAAUUAUCAUUUUGAAGAUUUCCGGAAUGAAGCUAAAAAGUGAAGACAUCAGUCACUUGAAUUAUAUCACAGAGUAUUUAAAAAAACAAAUCGACAAUUAUAUCGUUAGCAAUAAUAUUUACGUCGAAAGGAGCAAACUACGAUUUUUAAUAAAAGAUAUUGAGGAUUUAAAAAAUGGCACAAUGAAAUUUCACUUUUUAAACAAAUUUGAAUUCCUAUUCAGCAUAUUAAAUGAGUUUGAAAAUAAAUAUAACUUCAGGGGGAAAAUGGUAUCUUUUUCGUUCUUAAAAAAUUUUAAAAGUGCCGAAUGUGCCAUCAGACAAGGAGGAAAAAAAGGCACUAAAAAAAGAAAAAGCAGAGAAAACGAAGAAAUGGAAAAAAGAGAUAUGUGUACAAAUGGUACACUAGUCGAGAUGGAAGCUAAGACAGAUGACAACGACAAUAACCCUGUCGGUGAUGAAGAAGAGAAAUCUGUGAAGAACAAAUUUUGCAAACUAAAUUAUUUAAUGGCCGGUGAAGAAGAAGAAUAUUUUAACGAAUCCUACUUUGGUAAACUUUUAAAAAAAUAUAAAAUUCAGGGAAUUUUACCGAAAAAAAUUUUCUUAAUUAUAAAAAAUAGUCUAGACGUAAAUGAGUGUGUGCACAAUUUAUCUUUAAUUUUAAAAAAGAAGAAAAACAUCCCUCAUGUCAUUCAAACAAUUAUUCAAACCCUGUUGUAUGAAAAAAAAUAUAAAGUUGCUUAUGCCAAGAUGUUAAGAAAUAUUUCCAAUGUUAAAAGUAGAAUCUUUUUAUUCAGCUUAAAAACGGUGUUUAUAAAUUACUUGAAGAAUAUCAAUAAUUACGAUUUAAAACAAGUCCUUUUUUUAAGUAAAUUAUUCACUUUUUUGUUUAAAGAGAAGUUGUUGAAUUUUCACAUUUUUAAAUUUAUCGAAAUGGAUCCACACGAAAUUGAAGGGAAGAAAAAACAGAAACAUUGUAACCUUUUCUUUUUCCUUAAAACCGUUUUCAUUUUAAUUUCGUUGCAUGACAAGUCCGGUGAUUUGAACACUAACAGUGAAUUGUGGUGUCACAUAAUGGAAACCACGCAGAGCGGGCAUUUGGGAAAGUCCACCAUUUCUGCUUUUAAAGCAAUUGUGAAGAAGUACAUAUUUGACGAAGCAGAUAACAUCGUGCGCGUGUACCCCAAUUUUAAGAUUAGAUAUGCUGAGAAGUUUUUCGCCUUUCUCGAGGUGGAAAAGGAGGGUGAAAUUAGGACACUCAGAAGGAAUAUGCAUAUUGGAUUUACCAUUCUUUUCCUUAUGAUAUUCCAGAAGACGGCUGUUUUGUACAAUUUUCCUUCCAAGUGUGGAAGGCAGAAUACUGUCUUUGUUAACAGCAGCAUAAAGUGCAAGGAGGGUGAAAAGCGAUCAAGUCGCACAGCAAAUAAGCUACACUGCAUGAAAAAGCAGAUAAAGAAAAACCAAUUCCAUGAUCGGUGUGUAAUUAAUAUUAAGGGAGGAAAUGGGGGAGAUGGCAUAUGCUGUUUUACAACAUUUUCGCAGAAGAAAAAUAAAAAAUACGCUUCCGGUGGCCGGGGGGGGAAAGGUGGUAAUGUGUACCUGAUUGGGGAUAAAAAAAUUGAUAAUUUUCUAAGCCUUAAAUUGAAAUCUUCUUACUAUGCUGGAAAUGGAGGAAAAGGAUUAAACAAUAAUCAGAGUGGGCAAAAUGGAAAAGACGAAUGCAUAAAUAUACCUGUGAAUACAAUUAUAUACGACGAAGACAAAAAGUUUGUUAAUUUUAUUCAUUUAAAUGGCCAAAAAGUGCUAGUCGCUUUAGGGGGAAAAGGUGGAAAAGGGAAUUACUCCUACAGAACUAAAAGCUUGAAAAUCCCAUUUGUCUGCCAAUUUGGGGAAAAAACAAAGGAAAAAAAAAUUUUCCUGAAAAAAAUAUUUUUUACCGAUUUUGGCAUUAUUGGCUACCCAAACGUCGGGAAGAGCACACUCCUCAAUAGGAUCACCAACGCGAAUGUAAAAAUUGCCAACUAUAGCUACACGUCCAAGUUUCCCAAUCUGGGGAUAUUUAGGCGCGACCAGAACAGCGUAGAAGAGGACAACCUUGUUGAGGGGAAGGAGCGGGACGAAGGUGUUUUGGAGGAAAAUAACCCUGUUCAGGAAAAGGACGAGGGGGACGAAGACAUUUGGGGGGGUAACUGCGAGGAGGCAGAAGACCUACUGGACGGAGAAACUGAUUCAACCGACGAUACAGCGCAUGAGGGAGGCGAAAAAAACAUGGCAAAAAAUAAUUACACAGUUAUCGACUUCCCGGGGAUCAUAAAAAAUCUGGACAAAAAAGCACAAAAUAUAUCGUACAAGUAUUUGGAGCAUUUAAAAUAUUGCAAAAUAUUAAUUUACAUGUUUGACAUAAACAGUAGCAUUGAUGUGUUACUGGAAACUUAUAGAAACAUAAAGGACGUUUUGGUGCAGUAUGACGCCAUUUUUAAAGGCAAAAAGGAAGUGGUGCUACUGAACAAAAUUGACAUAUACAAAGAGAACAAAGAUAAUGUGAGUAAACUGAUCAACCAUUUAAGGGAAAAUUUAAAAAUAGAAAACAUAUUUUGCAUCUCUGCAUUAACUGGAGAAAAUGCAGUAGAUGCGAUAAAUGAAAUAGUUUCAAACAUCAAUAAUGAAAACACCAUAAGUGAAUUUUUAAAAAGCUUGCCUGAACCAAUCGAUAUUGCUAAAAUUGAAGAUAGUGAUAACUUCCGGCCAUCCCAAUUUGAAAUAUACAAAUAUAAAGAAAAUAUUUUUAUCGUUAAGGGAACAUACAUCGAAAAUCAAGCCAACAUUUUUAAUUUUUCCAAAAGUGACACGUCAAAAAUUUUUGCAAAAAUAUUAGAUCAGUUGAAUAUAAAUGUUAAGCUGAAAAAUGUGGGUGCGAGGGAGGGCGAUACGAUUAUCAUAAGCAAUUACUCAUACGAGUUUUCCCUCGAGGGGGAUUAG